AGCACACUCCAUGCAGGAGUCAGAGGGGCUCUGAGCAGCACAGGACAGCAUGGAGUGUCAGACCACCACUGGGCACAACCUCAGCUCAUCUGAACCUGCUGAUUUAAUGUGCUGCUCGCUGUGAUGAUGAAAGAAAGUCAAAGUGACUGAGAACAAAAAAACAAAAACAGCAGACAGAGGAGAAGAAGGAAACUGCAGAGAGCCAGCAGCUGGACCACUGUGGAGCUGUGAGGAGAGACCACCGCAGCCCUGAGCGGCUCCUGACAAACAAAUAUAAUGAAGACAUCUGAGAUUUGAUGAACUCAUUAGUGAGUAAGAACUGAAAUGAACAAACAAACAUCCUGAGAGAAUUUGUGAAGCAAACACAGCAGAGAGUUGCCUCAUGUGAAUUACGUCAGCAGAGAGAAUAUGGCAGUCGCAGGGCCUCAGUGUAUAAACAUCUCAGUGUGCAGGAAGGACGGCUCAGUCAGGGGACAGACAUGGAGUGGAAACAACUGAAAGUUGGACGUUGUUAUACUCAUAGUAAUACAUCUUGUUAUAAACUGAUUUUUGAAACUGAAGUUUAUGGACUUUAUUACACUUUCUCGUGUCUUUUGAUUUUCUCGACAGUCUUUGGAAAUCUUCUUGUCAUCAUUUCUAUUUCUCAUUUUGUUCAGCUGCACACGCCGACUAAUCUUCUGAUCCUUUCACUCGCAGCGGCCGAUUUCUUAACAGGUUUCUUUGUGAUGCCCUUUUCUUUGGUUCUCCUGAUUGAAACUUGCUGGUACUUUGCAGUAAUUUAUUGUUAUUUAUAUCAGGCACUUGUAAAUAUUCUCAAUACUGUACUUGUAUAUAAUGUUGCUUUAAUAUCCAUUGAUCGCUACAUUGCUGUCUGCCAUCCUUUCUUUUACAGCUCAAAAAUAACUUUAACUGUUGCAAAGGUCAGCAUUGCUGUAGUGUGGCUGUUUGCACUUUUCAUUACACUCGUACUUUUAGGGUUUAGUAAUUUUAUAACAGAGAUAUGUGAAGGAACUUGUUUAGCAUUCACUUCUUAUGAAAUGGGCAUUUUUAUUUUACUUGUAACUUUUUUUAUUCCUUAUUCACUGAUGAUUGGUUUCUAUAUCAGAAUAUUUGUAGUUGCAAGAAGCCAUUCAAGAGCCAUCAACUGUAUGAUAGAAAAGAGACAAACUGUGGAGUUGAGUGACAGAAAAAUAUCAAAACCGUCUGAAAGAAAAGCCGCAAAAACAUUAGGAGUAGUCGUGGGGGCUUUUAUUAUCUGCUGGCUGCCUGUUUAUAUGUACAAUUUUUUUGAUGAUGGUAGUAACAUAAUUGCACAAAACAUCAGGAAUGUCUUGGUGUUGGUCAGUGAAGUGAACUUUGGAGUUAAUCCAAUUCUUUAUGCUUUUCUUUAUUCCUGGUUCAGAAAAGCUCUGAAAAUCAUCCUGAAUUGUAAAAUAUUUAGUCCAGCUUCUUCAGUGCUCAAUUUACUGUAAAUGUUAAAGAAAAUAAAAAAAUUAAUUAUCUGAGAUUAGAUGUUUUUAAUUAUUUGUACAUUAUUCCUUUGCUCAUUUUUCAUAUUAACAGUACAAAACUCUGACAUAUUUCUUAACAAUACAAUCAUUUCUUAUUUGCUGUUUUUUUGAAGGCUGUUUUUGUUAAAUUGUACUUUAUUCGUGUAGAGUGUACACUGUUUAUGAUUAUUACUUAUUUCACCAUAGUUAUUUUCAUAAGUCUUCUCCUUAUUUCAAUGUGUAAUAAA